GGGCACACACGUCAUUCACCCACCUUUUCUUAUGCCACCGGUAUGGAUGGCCGUACUUAGCAAGUGUGUGUGUCUGUGUCUGUGUCUGUGUGAGCUGAUACGCAAGUGUGUGUCCGUGCAGAACUAGGCCGGUGCCAUUUUAAGAUUAAGAGCAUCCUAGCAAUGAGAUCCGAGCUGAAAUCAUCAUGUUUCCCAAUGAACUCUGGUUUUGCUCAUUCACCAGAACGGCAGGUCCCUUCUGUGUAUCACUCGUCUAUUUAUAGUGAGAACAAAUCCCAGAUAUGAGAGGAAUCCUGCCGCCACUUAGGAGAGAAGAGAGAGAGAGAGAGAGAGAGAAAGAGAGAGAGAGAGAGAGAGUGCAAGAAGGAAAGAUAUGGAAAGUUAAGAGUGUGUCAAGUCAGCCUCGCUUCAGUCAAUGCAACUUUUGUGUCGCCAGAAGGUCAGAGGAGACUAUGUCUAAACCUUCGUCCAACGUCAAGGCCCUGCAGGCUAAUCUGAACAUCCCGAUGGGAGCUCUGCGUCCGGGGGCGGGACAUCCUGUGAGGAGGAGAGAGGAGACGGGAGACAUGUGCCAGGCCAGCUCGCCGACGGAGCAGCCAAGCGAUGCCGCGCACCCUCCGCAGGAGGAAAAAAAGACUUUGCCCGGCGCCGUCAAACUGCCCGGCCCGGCCUUUAACCUCUCGGAGCUGAAGAACGUCAAGAGCGAAUUACGCGGGGUUGGCAAGGAAUAGCACGAGCCAGCGUCCAGGCGGUGAGGGAGGACCGACCAUUCAUCCAUUUGCUGGUUACCACGGCGAUGCUCCGAAACCACAAUUACAUCUUGGACAAAGUUUCGGUCGAGGGUCACCCAAUCAAAAUCCGCUUCGUCCGUUGAUGUUUCUUUGCCGAUCGAAUCAAUUGCGAUCCUUUUCGAGGCGGCGCUCCAAACACAAACUCUGAGCGUGUUCACCUCAUUCGAAUCUUUGGGCCGAUCAUGAUCAAUCGCAAAGACAAUUUUUUCUUCCGUUCUUCGACUUUUUCGCUCUAAAUGGCUUUCUCGUGCUCGACUUUUGUGCUAUUUUUGUGUCUUUAUCAAUAAAUCAUUUUGGUUGAAUAGCAAUCAAAAUGAAGUCGGGUCUUGGGCCUGAGUCAGCAAAAAUAUUGCAAUGGACCCUCGCUUGUAUGCUCGCUUGGCUUCAACCGUUUUUGGCCUUUUUCAUGAGGUGGCUUUUAUUUUGUUUUGUUUUCAAUUCACUUUGUAUUAAUGUUAGUUUUUAAUAGUUUUGAGAAAAUCGUAAGUCACUGUAUUGCUUCAUCAAUCAUUUUUAAUUGAGUUCUUGUAUUCCAUCUCCUUUAUGGUGUCGCGAACUGUCGUGUUUACUGUUUCUUCAAAGGGAUGGCUUGGAGCUCCUCCUAAAGCUACAAAUCCACCGUGUUCAAGUACCAUACACACUCAUAGGUGCCCUAUCCAUCAUCACGUCACAUGCCACACACACAAAUAGAGAGAAGGGGGGGGCAAUGCGGAGCAGCUGUAUCUAAGUUUAGCCUCCAUCAGGUCAUCGUGCAAUGCUUACAUCCACGCGGAACAAUCUGACUUUGUGUGGCAAGGAAGGAAACGGCCAUGCAAAGAGGCGUGAUGCUUAUUUCUGUGUUCAAGUGGAAUGAACACGCACACCCUUGGAUUCAUCUCUGAGGGCGGCGCGCAACUAUUCAGAGAUGAUAACCAUAAAUCACAGCCAAGUGGAAAUGGCAAUGAAACAAAGUCACUUUCAUGCGGAUGACCGCAUCGUGACAUGUUGUUGUUGUUCCCGCAUCAGCAAGACGCUAGCGAAAACACACAGACGGCUCUGGGAGCUCCCCAUUAAUCAAAAGGCCAUAAACACGCUGAAACCUGAUAAAGGGACCUGAUCUCUGCACCAAAAUAAGCCUGCAGGCUUAGCAUCCCUUGUUGACCUCCUUGUUGCGACACUGGCGCCAAAAUAUGUUUGAUGCUUGACUCCUUUGAGCUAGUUGUUUCUAUUCCUGUCGCCAUGGCGAUGAGAGCGCCUAAGUGCCUUGGCCAGGGCGACCUUGGAUUCAGACAGGCAGCUGCAUCUACCAAUGAGUUCAUCCAUUGGGAUGGACACUAAAGCCUGCCAGACUGCCUCCCUCCCUCUGCGUGUGGUAUUUGGGCGAUACUCCCACCCCGGGGCGCAAACCAAAGGGCAGCGGACAAAAAGCAAAGGCUCACAUUCAGGACAUUACAAAUCCAACAGGAGCCUGUUGGGAGGGUGUGUUCCUGAGGCGGUCAUCCGUUGAAUUUUUGACUCGUCCAACACAAGAGAAUAAUAUCGAUGGAUAGCUACUCCAUCCUCUAUAGCUCAUCCCACAGGACGGAGCUCCUCGCUCGCUUCCAGCGUCUGCGUUCGGCCGGGAGGAUGUGCGACGUAGUGCUGGAGACCGGCGACGCCUCCUUCCCAUGCCACCGGGCUCUCCUGGCCAGCUCCAGUGAGUAUUUCUGGGCCCUGUUCGGGGAUACUACGGCAGAGAGAUCGGCCGGCUGCAUCAAGCUCCCGGCUCUAACGCCUGUAGGCUUGGAUGUCAUCGUAGACUUCCUGUACUCAGGUUGGCUCAGAGUGUCGGCGAGCACGCUUCCUGAUGUUUUGGAGGCGGCGAGGUACCUGCAGGUGGACACGGCCGUUUCCAUAUGCGAACGCUUCAUUGUGGAUGAGCUCGGCAUGGAGAACUGUUGCCUCUAUGCUAACUUAGCAGAGCACCACAUGCUUCCAGAUGUGCUGGAAGCAGCUAACUACACCAUCGCCACGGAGAUGGCCACUCUUCUGCGAGAAAGACGGGACCAUCUCCUGGGCUUGAACGUCCACUCGCUGAUGGCGGUGUUGGAUGCCGAAGAAAUUCCAGCGGUGAAGGAGGUGGAGCUGGUGGAGCUGGCGCUGGAUUGGUUGGGUGAGAACGGCCCCCUCCCGCCGCUGCAAUCCAAUCAGUUGCUGAGCCGCUCGCGCUUUGGAUUGAUCGCUCCCGAGGACCUCACACGCCUUAGCCAUGCCAGCAAAGCCAUGAGCACCCCUCUAAUCAGGAGCCAGGUGACAAGGGCGCUGGAGUACCACAGCGCAGGUUCGGCAAGGCCAAUUAGGCAAAACAAACAGUCGACGCUCAGGGCGGCCAGUCGUGUGUUACUUGUCGGCGGAGGCUCGAGUCCAGAUUGUCCGGAGCAGCAGGUGUUGACGUUCGAUCCCCAAACCAGGACCUUUGCAUCCCUUACUUCCUGCCUUCCCCUGAUACUAAGGAACCACUGCGUAUGCUCCUUGGGCGGCUUCCUCUUUGUGUUGGGCGGGGAGGCGGUGAGCCAGGUGGACGGGAAAACGGUUGCAGCAGAACCCUCCAACCAGGUGUGGAGGUACGACCCCCGUUUUGAGUCUUGGCAGCGGGUAGACGCCAUGUUGCAGAAGAGGACCAAAUUCGCCUGCUGCGCCACCGCCCAGGGCAUCUACGCCAUCGGGGGGCAACACAUGCCCGCCGAUGCCGACGCACCCGCCACGCUGGCUUCCGUGGAGUUUUACGACUUAGACGCGGGGGCUUGGAAGAGGAGACCACCUAUGCCUACAGCGCUCCACGGCCACGCUUGCGCCGGGCUCGAGCAGAACAUUUACGUGUCGGGUGGUCUCUCGGACAACAGCGGUGUCGACUUGAUCCUAGGCCAGAGCCGAUGCAGAAAGGAGGUUCUGUGUUGGGACAACACAGGCAGACUCUGGAAAAAAGCGGCACCCAUGUCCGUCGGGAGGUUCGGACAUCGCCUGACGAGUGUCCACGGUCACAUUUACGCCCUUCUCGGAAUGUACGAGACCUAUUGCGAGAUCGAGCGCUAUGACCCGGGAAGAGACCUUUGGACGCGCCUUCGGCCGCCGCUCACCGCUUCGUUUGGCUACGGAAUGGCGGUAGCACCGAACGGGAACAUCUUGGUGUUCGGCGGGAGGAAAUGGAGCAAUGGGCAGGAGGUGGUGCUGAAGAGCGUGCUGGAGUACGACCCUAAGAAAGACCACUGGAGGGAGAUCUGUCAGCUUCCGAGACCCCUCACGGGAACCGAGUGCACGUUACUACCCGUGCCUGACUAAAGCCCAAAACAGGUAGCUCGCUCGCAUUUCACGUACAUUUUGCCGCUAAGAUUAGGAGCUAGCUAGCUAACUAAGCCCCAGUUGGUUUGUUGUCUCGGUCUUGAGUGAGGAUAUCGUAGCUCGACAUAAACU